CCGACGAUAGUGCAACUCUAAUGCAGAGUUGCGCGCAGCAUGGGGCGCGGAUUCCUUUGCUCUGCCUGUCAGGUUGCUGGUGGGAAGCCAAUAGGCUGAGCCGAGGCCCGCCCCUCCCAUGUCAGUGUCGGGUGGACGUCGGUCGGCUUCUUGCGGGCUUCACGUACAGUGAGGAACAGCCGCCAGAAACCUCUCUCCCCUCAGUGCCUACAAGGGACCGACCUACCAUGGCGUGCUACCACAGACCCGACGCAAGCACCCUCCAGGCCCUGAAGGACAUGGCCAACACACUGAGGAUUCACUCCAUCACCUCCACCACCGAGGCCGGGUCGGGCCACCCUACAUCAUGCUGCAGUGCAUCUGAAAUCAUGUCUGUCCUGUUCUUCCACACCAUGAAAUACAAAGUACAAGACCCUAGGAAUCCCAACAACGAUCGCUUUAUACUCUCAAAGGGUCAUGCAGCUCCAAUAUUGUACGCUGUCUGGGCGGAACUUGGUUACCUGAAUCUGGAUCAGUUAUCAACAUUGAGGAAAAUGGGUUCCAUUCUUGAAGGACACCCUGUUCCAAAACUAGCUUUUGUGGAUGUUGCUACUGGAUCCUUAGGACAAGGUCUGGGAGCUGCUGCUGGAAUGGCUUAUACUGGGAAAUAUUUUGAUAAAGCCAGUUACCGUGUAUAUUGCUUAUUGGGAGAUGGAGAAUCAUCUGAAGGUUCUGUCUGGGAGGCCAUGGCAUUUGCUUCUUACUACAAACUUGACAACUUAAUGGCUAUUUUGGAUGUGAACCGCUUGGGUCAAAGUGAACCAGCUCCACUGCAGCAUAAAGUUGAAAUCUAUCGCAAACGUUGUGAAUCUUUUGGCUGGCAUACUGAAGUGGUGGAUGGACACAGUGUUGAGGAACUCUGCAAAGCUUUUUGGCAGGCUAGCAUGGUCAACAACAAACCAACUGUUAUUAUUGCUAAGACUAUUAAAGGAAAAGGCAUCGAAGGUGUUGAAGAUCAAGAAAAUUGGCAUGGCAAACCCAUUCCAAAAGAUAAAGUGGAAGGAAUUAUUAACUCAAUCAAAUCUGGCAUCAUGAACAGCAAGAAGCUUACUCCGGGGCAGCCAGUAGAGGAUGCACCAACUGUAUCUAUUGAAAAUAUUAAACUGAACUCUCCACCCAAAUACAAACAUCAGGAGAAGGUAGCUACACGGAAAGCAUAUGGAACUGCACUGGCAAAGUUGGGUCAUGGCAAUAAGCAUGUGAUUGCUUUAGAUGGUGAUACAAAGAACUCCACUUUUUCGGAGUUGUUCAAGAAAGAACAUCCUACACGUUUCGUUGAAUGUUUCAUUGCAGAGCAGAACAUGGUGAGUGUCGGUGUGGGCUGUUGUGCACGGAACAGGACCGUUGUGUUUGCCAGCACUUUUGCAACUUUCUUCUGCCGAGCAUUUGAUCAGAUUCGUAUGGCAGCAAUUUCUGAGAGUAAUAUUAAUCUUGUUGGAUCCCACUGUGGUGUCUCAAUUGGUGAGGAUGGGCCUUCACAAAUGGGUCUGGAAGAUUUGGCUCUGUUUCGUGCCAUUCCCUCCUCAACAGUCUUCUAUCCAAGCGAUGCUGUCUCAACUGAACGGGCAGUGGAACUAGCUGCUAACACCAAGGGUAUCUGCUUCAUUCGAACCAGUCGUCCAGAGACUACAAUAAUUUAUAAAAAUACUGAAAUAUUUGAAGUUGGAAAAGCUAAGGUUCUGCGGAAGACUGAUAAGGAUGUGCUCACUAUCAUUGCCGCUGGGGUGACAAUGCGCGAGGCAUUGGCUGCAGCCACUCAACUGGCUGAAGAGGGUGUGUAUGUUCGAGUGAUUGAUCCAUUUACUAUCAAACCGAUCGAUGAUAAAACAAUCGUUUCUUGUACUAAAGGCACCAAAACUAAGCAGAUUAUCACUGUGGAGGACCACUAUUAUGAAGGUGGUCUUGGUGAAGCAGUGGCAGCUGCUGUUGCUUUGGAUCCUAGUAUUAAAGUGCACCGCAUGGCAGUAUCUGGUGUACCAUUUAGUGCAACGUCAGCUGAGCUACUGGAAAAGUUUGAGAUUGAUGCAAAUGCAAUAAUGAAAAACGUGAAAUACAUUGUUGAAAAUCAGCAGUAGUCCCUACAUUGUGAAUGUGGGAUGAAGUUUGAAAAUUUUCACUGAUUUGUUUAUAUUAGAAAAAUGCUUUAUGUAUUUCUUGGAUUUACGUAAUUGUAAACUUUAAAAUGAACUAUGAAAGUUACCUUGAGAAAUAUUUGAAGUAGUCCCUUUAGUGACAUUUGUUGUCUCCAAUUGUUUUACAGCCACUGGGAAUGUUCUCUGUUCCAGUGCUGUGCUAAUAUUCACAAAGCAUGUCUAUUUAAUGGUGUGCAGAUAGUUACAGCCCAGGUUUGGUUUAAAGUACUACUUGUGGAAAGCCAUCCUUUGCCAGUCUGUUUUCCCAUCAAAAGGGCUCCUUGAAGACACUUGUGGUUGGAAUAUGUUCAACUUUUAACCAAUGGUAACCACUCCAACAUCCACCCAAGCUGCUAACUCAUUGAACCCACUAACUCGAAUUUCAGCAUGAUAUUUAACAGUGUAUUGGUUUCAAUUAUUCAUUCUCUAUGUCACAAAGACUUACCUACUUCCCUCUAUGUCCUUGUCAACUUCUGGCUUUCUCUCAAUUAUGAAGUCAUUUACAACAUCUUUUAUCAUUUUCGGACCCUUUAAACCUGUGCUCUCUUGCCCAUCCUUCUUGCUAAUGCACUGCAUUAACUACCGCUCACCCAAAACUGUGCUUGCCUUAUCCCAUCCGAUGUAUCCUGCUUUGUUAUUAAACUGUCCUUGCCAAGCCACCUUGACUUUCUUGAGUUUAAAUCCCUUUAUAGCUUUGCUCUUCAGCAUGACCAUGUAGCUCUACAUCCCCCCUGCCCCCUCCCCCCCUUUUAAUCUGACCUCUCAAGUAGUCCUUUUCAAUAUGCCUUUGGUGACUAUCCUUCAACUGAUGUGGCUCCAUGUUUUGAAAUAUCCUGCUUAAACCAUCCCUUUCCAACAUCUAAGAUGCUAUAUAAAUGUAAACUACUGUUGUUCAUCUGUUAGUUGCUGGUACUGAUUACUAGACCCUGAUAGAUUUUAAUUCAUUGAAGUUCAAUUAGAACCCUUUCACCAUAUUAUAUUUCUCUCCCCUCACCAGAUGGUGCUCAAAUAGUGACUGCAAAAUUAAUGGUUAAUUUUUAGAAUCUUGUAAACUGCUUGCAGUGGUAAAAUAAACCAAAGUAACACUGAAAAUUUGGCUGCUAUUUACAACAAAUAAAUUGGUUUUAUGCCAGUCAGGUGCAUUUAUAAUGCUGCUUUACUUUUUUUCUGCUGGGAUAAUUUUUUAAAAAUUGUUGAAAGGAUUUUAAUUAACAAAGUUCUUUUUAAUGUUGCUUCAGAAACUUUUGAAUAUACAAUGAUUUUCAACUUAAGUUCAUAGUUCAGAAAUGCAAGUUUUCUUUUGGAAAUGCUCUGACACAGCAAGGUAAUAAAAUUUUUACAAA